AUGCUGGUGGGAGACUAUGAUUCCGAGACGCUAGUUUCGGAGGAGUCGCCGUUUGACUGGGGCGGUCGCCUCCUAAAAAGUAACGGAGGUGUUCAUAAGGUAUUCUCAGUAGGUAUAGAAAUCCUAUGCGAGAGUGUAAAGGCACAAGGAUGCUUAACUGUGAGACUAACAAGUCGAACAGAUGCGAAAGCAGGACUUAGUGAUCCGGCGGUUCUUAGUGACCACAUCGACGGAAAUGUUUGGCACCUCGAUGUCGGCUCAUCGCAUCCUGGUGGGGCAGAACCUACCAAGGGUUGGGCUGUUCGCCCAUUAAAGCGAUCUGCUCUUAGUACGCAAGGACCGGAGUGGACCGACCAAGGGUGUUCCAGUUGUCACGUCAGUGGCACGGCUGGAGUAAGAUACCUUCGAGACCAGGAGGUUGAUGGGUGGCAAAU